AAUGGGAAGUUUAUCCCAUUAUUCUGGUGCCCGUAAACGGCUUCAUAACCAAUAUUACAAAAACGACCUGCUGGUCAGCAUACAACUGAAUAUGUGGAUUCAGAAAUUAAUCGGUACGUGGCCCUUGUCCGUAAAUCAUUCUUGGAUCGAAACAUUGUGGUGCAGGCUACUGAACUUAAUCUGCUACACGAUAAUGGCUAUGAUCCUAAUCCCCUGCAGCAUGUACAUCGUAUUGGAAAUCAAGGAUUUUUACAAUCAACUAAAGCUCGGCAGCGCGCUCAGUUUCUUUAUGAUGGCAGUAAUAAAAUAUUGCGCUCUGAUUUUACGCGAGAGCGAUUUUCGCAGGUGCAUCGAAUAUAUUAAAACUGACUGGAAAAACGUGAAGUACGCGGAGGAUCGGAAAAUCAUGCUAGAGAACGCGAACUACAGUCGCCGGUUGGUGGUCAUCUGCUGUGUCUUUAUGUAUGGCAGCGUUCUGUUCUAUUACGUGGCUGUGCCGCUAACUCGUGCCAAGAUCGUUGACGAGAACAGCAAUCUGACAUAUCGACGACUGGUGUUCCCGGUCCCCAAAGUAAUUAUUGACACCCGACGAAGUCCCAUCAACGAGAUUUUCGGUUUCAUCCAUCUGCUAUGUGGUAUUGUCACCCAUAAUAUCACGGUGGCGGCAUGUAGCCUGGUAGCUCUCCUCGCAAUGCACGCUUGCGGUCAACUGCAGGUGCUAAUGUCCUGGUUGAACCAUCUGGUUGACGGCCGAGAAGGUGUCAAUGACACUGUAGAUGAGAGAUUGGCGAAUAUUAUUCAACUGCAUGUACGCAUUUUGAACUUCAUAUCGUUAAGCGAAGAAUUACUGCACGAAAUAUCUUUGGUGGAGGUUGUGGGAUGUACGUUAAACAUAUGUUUCCUUGGGUAUUAUUGUAUGAUGGAAUGGGAUUUUAAGCAACCUGUUAGUGGCCUAACGUAUUUGAUAUUACUCAUCUCGCUUACAUUCAAUAUAUUCAUAUUUUGUUAUAUAGGAGAACUUUUAGCGGAACAGACCAUGAAAGUACGUGAGAGCUCAUACAUGAUCGAUUGGUAUCGGCUACCUGGGAGAAAAAGUCACGCCAUUAUCUUGAUCAUUUGUAUGUCCAACGCGACCACCAAACUUACCGCUGGAAAUAUUAUUGAUUUGUCCAUUAGUAGCUUCGGAGACGUUAUAAAGUCUUCUGUUGCUUAUUUGAACAUGCUACGAACAUUUACGACUUGA